AUGGGCCCUAUGCUGCCCGGGCUGCUGACGGCGACGACGGCCCUGAGCAACGCGCUAUGGCGCCGCGCCUCGCGCCAGAGUUUUGUGCAGGAGGUGUGCCGUGCCUUCAACUGUGGCAGCCAGGAGGAGCUACAGGACUUGUUGGCCGCUCUUGUGCUGUGCGAGUGCGUGUACAAGAAGAUCGACAUGGAUGAGCAGAUGCUUUUGGCCAUGAUAUCAGAGUUCCUGUCAGACUUCCCCCCAGACCUGGUGCACAUCGACACGGUGCAGGUCUCCCACAACGGCGUGCCGCAGAGCUAUUUGCUGGCCACUGGCGCUCGCAGCAUCUACGCCGUGUUUAUGGGCACUAAGCAGGCGCGCGACAUGGUGGCGGACGUGAACGCCUUCCACGAGGCCGUCUGGACCGAGGCUCUGCAGGUGGCGGAGCGCUCCCAGGUGCCAACAGCGCAUCGCGGCUUCUUGGCGCGCUCCAAGGCCAUCGAUGUGGCGGGCCUCUACCAGCUGGCGCAAGACAGUCUGGGGGGCGCCGUCGCCAAGCUCUGCGCGCUGCGCCUGCUGCGCGAGCAGCCCGAGUGGCCGCCGCCACGCAUGCGCUGCAUCACGUUUGCCACCCCUGCGGUGGGCAACAGCGCGCUGGCUGAGCUGGUUGAGGCGGCGGGGUGGGCCAGCUAUUUCCAGACCUACAUCCUGCCCGAGGACCAAUUGAUGAGGUUCCUGGGCUUCACCACUGUACGUCGGCAGCAACAGCAGCAGCUGGCCGACCAGCAGCAUCAACAGCAGCCGGCAGCGCCUCCGCAGGGCCGCAGCAGCCCGGCGGGCACAGCAAAGGGCGUUCCCGCCACUGCGGGUGCGCCGUCACCCGCGGCGGACCAGCUGGAGGCGCCCGGGCGGCUGGCGUCUGGCGGGCGCGAGGCGCUGAGUGCAGUGGCGGGGCUGGUUGCGCUGCCCUGGACCCGCGAGCUGGCAAAACGGAAGCUACGGAGCCAGCUGAGCGCCGAGGAGGUCAGCACCACCUCGAUGGACGCGGCUGCGACAGACGCGGCGGAGGCGCGCGCGACUGCGGCCGCGCCGCCGCCGCCAUCACAGGGCGCUUCCGCCUCCGACGCGCUCUCAGUGGAAGCGGCGGCGCAGGCCGCCGCCGCCUCACUGGACCAAGGGCCCCAGCCGCAGCCGCAGAGGCAGCCGAUGCUCGACCCCCGCAACAUCGGGCUGCUGGUGCAGCUGCAGCACAGGUGGGCCGGGCACCGGCUGCGCCACCGGGUCGCGGCGGCGGCGCAGGGGCUGGGCGCGGCGGUCGGCAGCGCGCGCAGCCUGGUGUCACCGUUCCACCCGUUCGGGACGGAGUGGUUUUUCGCAGAGGGCGGCGUCGUGCGGAGGGAGGAGCUGCCGCCGGCGCCGCUGCUUUCCGAGCAGGCGGCUGCGUUCGCGGCGGCCAACCCCGGGAUCAUCAACUUCCACAGGCGUGCGUGCGGUCCGCGCCUGCUUCCCCUCUGA